AGCUUUCAAUUCACAAAAAUGUUGACAACAACUACAGUUUUCCCGGAGAGUGUGAUGAGGACGGGCCUAGCCCCGGCACCGAAUAUUCCGAACCCAAGAAAUGCAGGAAGGAAAAAGAGCAAUCCGGUUUGGGAGUUUUUCACCGACCUCCGAACUCAUGGCCUGGCAGGUGUCCGCUGCAGAUUUUGCCACUGGGUGACUAACGACAGAUCGCCUACAACUAUGAAAUUUCACUUGAAACGGAAACAUGACACAGGACCCGGAGGACUUUGGGCGAUAUGUGAGGAGAAAAUCAACUCACAGGCUCCAGCGAACUAUGCUCCGCGAGUCAAGAAACAGCCCGAAGAUCUGCUCCUCAAAGCCCUCUCCCAACCGUCACCCUUCUCGUUCAACCCCUUUGCCACCGCAGAGAUCAAGCUCGGAGCCCAAGAUGACUUCCUGGCGGCUCUAAUCCAACAAGCCUCGCAGUACGCCAAUUCCAGCACAUCCCCAUCGGCCAAUUCGAAUGAAGGAAACGCAUCUAAUGAAAACGAGAGUCUCACCAGCGAUUCGGUAUUUCUUAGCAAAUUGAACAGCACCUAUCAGAAUAUUAAAGAAGAAGAUUCCUCCUCCUCGUCAGUCAGUGGAAGCACCUCGACAUCCACGUCAUCAGCAGAAUUCCAUCUGAAUGAUGGGACAAGCAUCGCCGCGCUGCUACAAAUCGCCACAGAUUCUGACUUGGUAUUCACAUUUAAUGCGAGAAAAAUGGGCGAAUAUUGCUUUGAGAGUAAUUUAAAAAAUCAAAAAAUGGUAACCCUAACCGAUUGCGGUAACGAAAUCCGAGUCACUCAGCUGGAAAACGACGAGGAGACCCGCGUAGAAAUGUGGAGGAAAAGCGACUGGCAGCAGUUCACUUGGGCGGUGCGGGGCUCUUGUCUCCAUUUUUUGAAGGGUUGCUCCGAAGCACCUUUGAUAAAGAUAGAAGAUGUGAUGAAUCUUGUUGAAGGUUGAAGGAUUAAAAAAGUAAUCCCAACGCUACCAGUUCCAUACUCUUUGUCAUUCCAAUCGAUUUCUCUAACUUCCUCCCAGUGCUAUUUUCACCCCAGUUUCCCUUCAUAAUGAUCACUUACUGGCCCAAAUUGGCGUCUUUCAAUUCAAUUUUUUCCAAAACUUUUUGAAUUUUUCCUCAUUUAUUUAUUGGCUGACGGGUUUUUCUAUUUAUUAAUUUUUAUCUUUUUUUAAAUUUUUCCCUUGACAUUCUAUCAUAAUUUAAAAAAAGAAUAAAUAAUUCCCGUGUGACGAAAAAAAAACAACUUCCAACAAGAAAUAAAGUUCAAAUCAAUUAUUUCUAAA